AUGUCGAGGCUCAUCGUGGGGCAGUGUUGCUGCACUUCGGUACAGCGAGCUCCGGCUGAAGUGUGUUCUCUGUUCGAAGAUGUGCAGACGCUCUCAGCCUUGUUGGCACAGGCUCAGUCGUUCAAUCGCCAUGGAUACAUGGAUGGACUCGCCGAGGCGAUUCUUGGGAGAUGCGAAGCAAAGGUAGCAGCUCUGUAUGCCAAAGUUAGAAGGGCCACUGACGGCCUGGCUUCGGAGAGCGCGAGGAAGAGGAAGUGGAGUGCCUUGAAGAUUGCUAUGGACAAGGCAGACAUCACUGAGUUGCAUGAUCAAUUAAAAGAAACGAAAGCCUUGCUGCUCAUUGUCAAGCUUGAAUCAUUUGAGAGAUCUACAAGUUCAAAACUUCAAGCCCAGGAACAGAUCUUGCUGGAGGUCUUACAAGCUGUACGGCUUUCAUUUUCACAGCCGUCCAACACCUUGUCGAGGACGAAUCUCGAGUGGCAGCACUCAGACAUGCAGCUAUUGACUGCACCGACUACGGAGCCUCCACGUUACCCGGAUAUUGCAGCAUCGGACUGCCCAGAAUCUAUAGACAAUCAGUGUGUCUUUUCACCGAUUUCGAAGAGUCCGGUGCAGAAACGUCCACGCCAGAAGUCUGUAUUGAUAUCCGGAUCGAGAAACCGCCUCAACACUCCUUUUGGUCCGUUGAAAACAUCUACCACUACCCAUAUCCGCACCGAUAUACGCUCGAGCGGAAGUAGUUCCGAAGAGCAAGACACAACUUACUUUUUUUAUCCAUCAUGGCUGUUCAAGAGAGUCGGAAUAUCAUAUGGACUAUGGAUCCAGGGGAAGAGCACCAAUGGCUGGCAAUACACAGUUCAACCUUUCAAUGCAGUUCCGGAUGAUGCGCCAAUCAUUCAUUACUGUCAAACUGGGGACGUUGCUGCUAUCAAGACACUUCUCUCGUGUGGCUAUGCAUCGUUGAGAGAUCGUGAUACGAAGGGCAGAACACCGCUUUGGUAUGCUUCGAGCUCACUACAGGUGGAAGUAGUAGACUUCUUACUCGAGCAUGGUGCUGAUCCUCAUGUUGUUGACUGGGAAACAGAGCAUUCUCCUAUUGCCACUCUUCAUUCCCGCAGAUAUCUCGAAUUGCAGAAGAGAACAACGGUGCUCGGUGUGUACGAGCGUUAUGCACCAGAUGGGUAUGACGACUACUCGGUCAAAUACCUGAUCGGCAGGACGAUGCUUGCGUAUCGCCUAGGCCCGAGAUCCGAGCGCGAAGCAUCAUUCAUACAAUUUGUCUCUCGUAUUUUUGAGUUAUGGUGCCCAGAUGAUCGCCAGCGAGUUAGGAUACUCCGCGAUCUGCACCAUGCUUAUACGUCCAACGUCAUAGACUGGCUGUUGAAUGGUAUCGAGAUAUUGGAAGAUGAAACUUUGGCUGGCGACAUUCUACACGAUCUGAUUAUUCGAGAAUUUCAUUUGUGGAAGCCGGCUACUAUCAAACUUGCGAUGCAAAAAAUGCCAAGCCUACAUAUACAAUUAGGAUCACGUCCCUGCGCUCAAGCACUGUCAACUGCAACGUCCUUUGUCAUGAUUUCACCCGAAAACUUCUUCGCGUGGCGAGAUAUUCUUCUCGAACUGGGUCACGAUCUCGAAGAGUUUGUGUUCAAAGAGCUCGAGCACACGCCGUCUCCUCUCGCUGCCCAGGGUUGGACGCAGACCACUCUGCUGGCACUAUUCAGAAGUGAAAAGUCUUCGACUCCUAGGAACCUUGUAAGGGGGCAGAAUUUCCUCUGCGACAGGUGUGGAAGGGAAGACAAUCCGGAGAUAAAGCUGGUCGACCUGCAUUGGAGACAAUAUCUUCAGGGGGUAAGAGAAGGAAAAGUGCAGUCUCUUCCGAGGUGGGCUGAAGUGAAAAACAUUACCAUCGACUUUCGGGAGGAAGUGAGUCUGACGAAGGGUCGUCCCUUAACAGGAGGCGGAUGCCACGACUUAGACCAGGCCAGAUGUGUAAGCUCUUCACCUUACAAACUAGUCUGUCGGCCUGAAUGUGUUGAUUCAGUAUGUGUGUCUCGAGUUUUCGAUGGCAGUUCUGCUAAGGAUGUGAUUUUUCCAUCAUACCCUCAGGUACUGCCAGAAGGAUCACUUGGGACUUUUCACAGGCGUGUACUGUUGGAAAAGGAGGACAGCUGCCCAAGGAGAAUGAUGCCUGGUGCUUUCGGAGACUGA